CUCAGCUUAAAGGAAAUACUCUCCAGAUUGUUGUACGCGCAGCAUUCCGUACAUUGGUACGGGCCUCUUAGUAUUUUCCGGGGUAUGUCGAAACCGAUUUUGAUUUCUGUUUUUAGAUGGAUCCGAGUUAUGGCCGUUCUUUGCUACGUUGUCGCUGUUUGUUUUCCGGCUCUAUUGCUGUCAGUGUACUACGUCGCCUUCUGGAACCCGCGAUAUAUUGAGAAGGUGAGGCUGUGUGUUGGUUUUUUAAUGCUUUCAGUGGAUAUCCCGUUAAAUAUGAAAGCACUGUUUCAAACACAUUGCAUGAUGCUGUGUCCAAGAGUGUCUAAGUUUGAGGUAUAUAACUAA